AGGCACUAAACUUCAUUCAGCAGAGGCUGGGGAAUCAAGAUAAGCUGGGCUGUAGCUCAUGUGUUGCAGCCUUCUCCUCUAUCCGUGCGGACACAAACAGGAGCUUAUCGUACACUUGUUAACACACAGAUCUACCAGCUGACCUCAUCAUGUUUGGCUGGGUCGCUGGUUUCUUCACCUAUGAGACGACCAAGUCUGUGGUGGUCAAGAGCUGGUCGGUGGGAAUUAUCAACCGUGUGGCUCAACUCCUCAUCAUCAUUUACUUUGUUGGUUGGGUGUUUGUCCAUGAGAAGGCCUAUCAGGUCCGUGAUACGGGGAUUGAGUCGGCAGUCAUGACUAAAGUAAAGGGCUUUGGCUUCUUCAGCGACAAUCUAAUGGAUGUUGCCGACUAUGUGAUGCCCGCGCAGGGUACCUCAGUGUUCUGCAUCAUCACAGCAAUGUACAUCACAGCCAAUCAGACGCAGGGAACAUGUCCCGAGCAUGACAGCAAAUUUAACUGCACCACUGAUCUUGACUGUGAGGAACACAAGUACUCAAACCUGGGAGAUGGGAUUAAAACAGGCAAGUGCAUCACUGAGGUUGAUCGAUGUGAGAUGUUAGGCUGGUGUCCAGCAGAGAAUGACACCCAGGAAAUAAAACCAAUGGAGGAGGCUAAGAACUUCACAAUCUUUAUAAAGAACAGCAUUCGCUUCCCUCUCUUUAAUGUGAUAAGGGGGAAUAUCAAGCAAUCCACCAAUCUGUCUUGUUUGUUCGAUCCCAUUAACAACACAGACUGCCCAAUCUUCCGAGUAGCAGAUGUGCUAAAGUACGCUGACGAGGAUUUCGAAAACAUCUCAACAAAAGGAGGAGAGAUUGGAAUUAAUAUAGCCUGGGUGUGCAAUCUGGACUUCCAUGUGGACAACUGUAAACCCAAAUACUCAUUCACACGUUUGGACUCGGCCUUUAAAAACAGCAAAAUAUCACGAGGAUACAACUUCAGGUUCGCAAAGUACUUUAGGUCAGAAGAUGGCCAAGAAUAUCGCACACUUCAUAAAGCUUUUGCUAUUCGCUUUGACAUACUUGUGUCCGGCACUGCUGGAAAAUUUAACUUAAUCCCUACAGUAAUUAAUGUAGUUGCAGCUGGCACCUCAGUCGGCCUGGCAACGGUCCUCUGUGACAUCAUCCUGUUAAACUUCCUGAAAGGAGCGAAACAAUACAAAGCAAAGAAAUUUGAAGAGGUUUCAGAAUCUUUCAGUAUGUCUCCAAGUCUUGACCUCGAUACUAAGUGCAGCCAGAUGACAAUCAAACAGGAAGAGAUGAGCUCAAACAACUCAGGGGCUUAUUCCUUUGGACAUCAGGUGUGAGCAACGGGACGGCUCAGCCUGCAGGAGGUUCAAAAGCCUAUCAUACUUAUGAGAUUCAGGACUGUGAUUCGAACCUCAGUACAUCAGAGGACAUCAGGUUUACUGCGACCACCGAUCUCCUCUCCAGAAUCUCAGCAGAAAUGUGACUAUUACACAAUAACUAGAUAUCACAUUAAAACCUUAUUUCAUCAAAAUCAUUUCACUUAUACAGCUGAAUUUCAGCACGAGUAGGAAUUAUUGGCACCUGUGGUUAAAGAAGAUUUUAAAAAGUCAGAGAACAUUUUUGCAUUCAGGGACUGCUUUAACUAUAAAAUGGUAACAAGUGUUAGAUGACAAGCGUUGAACAAGUUGAAAAGCGUACUACAUGACUUUAUGAAGGACAGAAAAUCAGGAAGGAAGAUGUACACCGUAUGUGCUCAGUGCUUUAGACACCGUCCUGUGUGCUUUGACUCGGACAUAUCACAGACCACUUCUUUAACUAUGCACAUGAGCCUUAUGCUACUAGAACAUAUACGUAGGUCUCUCAUUUCAAUUUAUUAUAAUAAGAAGUUUAUUUCUUUACACCAUUCUCGCAAACAUAUCACAAAUCACAAUAAGUGCAUGUUUGUUGUGGUAUAUUUGCCAUAUUUAAACAUCCAGUCAUGUUAUUUGAUAUUUAAAUCAUCAGGUUCUCAGGUUUUAUUGAAGAACAUAUAGUAGACUAAAUAAUAAAAAAUAUAUAUGUAUAACCAACCACAUUUACCAAAUACAUAUAGAACACAAUGUAAACACAAUAUUUGUGUA